CCUAGGGAAGGGCACAGGUGAUGCACCUGUCCCAGGAAAGGAGCACUAGCACAGGUGUGUCACAGCUCAGCAGCUGCCUGGGUCAGAGCAUGAGCUUCUUUGAGCCCCCAUCGCACUCCCCUCCACGCUGCAGCCCACAGUUCCCCAACAUCGGCCAGGAGCCUCCGGAGAUGAACAUCUACUACGAGAACUUCUUCCACCCCCAGAACAUCCCCAGCCCCCAGCGGCCGAGCACCUUUGAGACAGCAGAUUACAGCAGCACUCCCAAUCCUUACCUCUGGCUCAAUGGACCUUCCAUCACCCCCCCACCGUACCUGGCAGGAUCCAACGCCAGCCCCUUCAUCCCGCAGUCGUACGGGAUGCAGAGGCAGCUCUUGCCCAACGUGCACGGCCUGGGAGGAACUGACCUUGGCUGGCUUCCCCUCCCGUCCCAAGAGGAGCUCAUGAAGUUGGUGAGACCUCCUUACUCCUACUCUGCCCUCAUUGCCAUGGCCAUCCACGGGGCACCUGACAAGAGGCUGACUCUGAGCCAGAUCUACCAGUACGUGGCUGACAACUUCCCGUUCUACAACAAAAGCAAAGCUGGCUGGCAGAAUUCCAUCCGGCACAACUUGUCUCUCAACGACUGCUUCAAGAAGGUGCCUCGAGAUGAAGAUGAUCCAGGAAAAGGGAAUUACUGGACUCUGGACCCGAACUGUGAGAAGAUGUUUGACAAUGGAAACUUUCGCAGGAAGCGGAAGAGAAAGUCUGACAUUGAGGCCAGCGCUGCUGCUCUUGUGUCUGAGAAAUCCGAGGACAGCACCCUGUCUGGCAGCCCCAAAGCUGCAGAGCAUCAGGAUAUCUUGGAAAACACCUCACCUGGGACUGACAAUUCACCUGAGAAAGGAUCUCCUCCUCCCUCCUCCAGCAGCCCGUGCCUCAGUAACUUCCUCUCCAGCAUGACCAGCUAUGUCCACGGCUCCAGCUCAGGGAGCCGCUCGGGGCCCGUGGGACUCAGCUCUGAACCCACUGACAAAAUGGGGCAGAACAUGGUAGGCUUCAAUUCCUACUCCCCACUCUCCAGUAUUCCCAGCCAUGGUGUGGGAGACUGGUCCAAUUCCAUGCCUUCCAGUCACCUUGGCCACAGCAACUCGGUGCUCAACCAGUUUAACACCCAUUUUUACAGCAGCCUCAGCACAAACAACACCCUGUACUCCAGGGAAGGGACAGAGGUUUAA